AUGCCUCGAGCUGCUGACCGCAAGCUCGCCAACCUCGCUGUGAAGCGGCUGGUGUCGGACUUUCUCGACGCGCCCUGCUGCGACACGGAUGACUACGUCUCUUACCUCGGCCACCUAUCCACCAGCCAGUCAGCGCCUCCUGCCAGCAGCCGAAAGCGCAAGACAACUGUAGACUCCCACGGACUCUCCCCUGCUCGAGGCACAGAGCACAGCAUGGACGGUCUGCUGCAUCAGGUGCAGAAGCUCAAGAUGACUGAGCAGGCGCAGGCAUCCCCGGCAUCUCCGUUACAGAGCGCUUCACUACAGGCAUCUCCGUUAGGCUCUGGCCUUGCUAAUCAGGGCAGAGCAACGCACGAUCGAGAAGGGGUUGCUACACAGUUCGAUCCUGUAUCAUCUCCCACCGUCUCACACACUCAAGAAGCUUCCACAGGAGGAGCUGUAGCGUCGACUGAGGGAGCGCCUGUAACAUCUAACAUAGGAACAACUGUAGGAUCAAAUGUAGGCUCAGCUCAAUCUCCAGCUGUAGCAUCAACUGUAGCAUCAACUGUAGCAUCAUCUGUAGCAGGAACCAGACGCCUUUCACUCUCCUCCUCCUCUCCCGGGCCCUCCUCAGCCGCCUCCACUGUGCGGAGAUCCCUAGACCUGAGCGGCAUGAGCCUCAACCCGCACGCUGCAGAGUUCGUUCCUGUCUUCGGCCCUCCUUCCCACGCCAGCAAUCCCACCGCUGCAUCACAAUCAGAACCACAGGGACUAGCAGCAGCAGCGGGCGGAGGAGGAGCAGGGGGGUACGCGUCCUCACUGCAACCCGGGUACGGGACAGGGAGCAGUGCAGCAGGGUACGGCGGGACAAGCGUCGGUUUAGCAGGGUAUAAUGGCGCAGCAGCAGAUGAAACGUUUGAGGAGUGCGAGGAGGAGCUGUUGAGCCGGUCACAGUCGCACAACAGCAACGCCUCUGAUGACGAGUACCGCCGCUUCUGGCGUGACCGGCUGCCAGAUGAGCUUCUGAGCUUCGAUGAGUCGCCGAAAGGGAGAGGGGCGGGGCGGGAUGGGAGGGAUGGGUUUUUGCAGAGAGGGAUGGGAAUGGAGAUGGAUACUGGUGGGGUAGGUGGAAAUAGCCUGCAUCGUCAUGCAGCUAGCAUGCCGUCUCUAGAUAGCGGUCACAUGUCCAGUUCGGCUGCUGCUGGGGGUGCUGGUGGUGCUGCUCCUUCUGGUGGCCCAGACAGUUUUGACAGGCAGGGGUAUGGGUACUCGUUUCGGCAGGGUGUAGGCCCCGCUGGUGGCCCCCCUGCAGCUCAAUCCAUGGGGAAUAUUCUCGAGGAGGUUAAGUCAGACUCGGCUCUAGACCACAUUGCACCACAUCGCACCGCUCUCGGUCUCUCCGGACCUGGCCAGCACCACCACAUGCCGCAUCGCUCACCUGGUGGCCCUCUCAUGGGCUCCCCAGCUCAGGGACCUUCCUACGAAGCUUCCCUUGACAGGCCUUUCGAGCCUUCCUAUGAUCCUUCCGCUCCCUAUCACGGUCCUCCUCCCUCACACCUGCUUCCUCGAAACGCCCCCAGCCCUGCCUGGAGACCUGCUCCAGGCCCACCUGGGUUUUCACCUGGGCCCCCACCUGGCGGACCACCGGGCUCUGUUGGUCCCGUCCCUUCCAGCCCUGUGAUUGGCCGCGGAGGAGUACCCCAUUCUCCCAUGGGCACACCCAACAGAUACCCCCCAUACGGCGGGGUUAACCCUAAAUCUAACCACAUGAGUCCGCAGCAGAGCCCUGCCAGGGGUCCUCCUCCCUAUGCCUCCCCCGGAGGCCCUCUCUCCCGAUUUGGUGGUAACCCUGUAACAUCCAUGUCUAUGCCGUUGCCUGGUGCUGCCUCUCCCCCUCCCCCACACCAUCACCCCUUCAACAGCCCCGCUAGGGGUUAUCCCCCUCCCCCGAAUGCUGACCCGAGAGCCAUGCACCCCCCACCGUUUGAACUCCCCGGUCCGGCAGGGGGAGGGGACAUGGGGGGAGGAAUGGGGGGAGGGAUGGGGGGAGGGAUGGGGGGAGGCGGGGGAAUGGGGGGACCAGGGGGAGGAGACGGCAUGUGGGGGGGGGAAGGUGGGGGAGUGAGAGAAAGAGCGAUGUCGAUGCCAGUUGGAUGGGGGGGACCGGAAGAAGGGGUGGGCGGAGACGAUCGGCACGAUCCUGUGCGCAUACUCGCUACAGAGUUCCCCAUGUUCAGUAUAAGCACCCUGGCAGAGAUCUUCUUCUCUAAUGGCGCAGACCUUCCUCGGACCAUGGAGAUCCUGACCCAGCUGCAGCUUCAGGACGAAAUGACUCUCCCAUCACCAACCCACCGCCGUCCCCCACCCCCCUCAGCGCACCCCCCUUCCCUCGACUCUCUCGACUUCCCCUCUCUCUCCCCCCUAGACCCCCUCCCCGCCUCCUCCUCCCCCAUGCUCCGCCCGCGCCCCUCCUCUCAAGGCCCUGACACUCGCCCCAUGCAAGGCUCUGUUCCUGAUUUCGCCGGGGUGCUGCGAAAGCCGUUACCCCCGGGGGCAGCGACUCAGAACGCGUGGGGGGGCGGGCAGGCGGAGAGAAGCGGGGGAGGGGAGGGGGGUAUGGGCGGAGCAGGGCGAAGAGGGGGAGGGGGAGGGGGAGGGGGAGGAGGAGGAGGGGGAGGGGGGGGGUACGAGUUUUCAGGAAGAGGAGGAGCACAGCCAUGGCUGGAAACUGGCAACGCUGUCGCUAACCUAUACGGAGACAUGAGGGAAGAGGCGCGGGACCAUGCAAGAAUACGAAAUGCGUGCUUCGAGCAGGCCACGCAAGCGUACCUGGCGGGCAACAAGGCAGCAGCCAAGGAGCUGAGCGCGCGGGGUCAGUGGCACAACGAGCAGAUGAAGGCAGCCCAUGCCAAGGCCAGCGAUGCCAUUUUCCGAACCCGCAAUGCGGCGUCGGGCUAUCUGGGUGGAGUGGCUGGCGAGGGAGGAGAGGCAAGGGUGUUGGACCUGCACGGGCUGCAUGUGGGGGAGGCGAUACCCAUGCUGAAAAGGGAGAUAGCCGCAAUGAGAAGCGCUGCUCGCUCCACCCAGCAGCGACAGCAGGUGUACGUGUGUGUGGGCACGGGCCACCACACCAAGGGGCGAGCGCCCCCGCGCCUGCCACUGGCAGUGGAGCGGUAUCUUGUGGAGGAGGAGCGGGUUCAGUUCAUGGAAACCCAGCCCGGCAUGCUGCGAGUGGCUUCAUCCCCGUUACUGCGCCGGCCGCCUAGCGCGUCGCUCUCUAACGGAACCGGAGAACGCGCGGAGCGCGUAGCGGCGGGGGACGUGGUGGGCGGAAAGUACCGCAUCGUGCGCCUGCUGGGGGAGGGGUCGAGCGGAAGGCUGUACGAGGCGGAAGUGGUGGCGGAAGGGGGGACGGCGGAAGGAGGAGAGGGGGAACGCCUACUGCUUUCUUCGUUCAAUCUUGUCCGCUUCACCCUUUCUCAGGAUUUGGACCUAUUUGAGAGGGAAGCUAGAGUGCUUCGCAGCCUCAACCAUCCCGGCAUUCCGCAGUACAUUGAUUAUUUCGAGGAGGACACUGCAACAGACCGUGCCUUUUAUCUUGUGCAGCGCUUGGCACACGGGCAGUCGCUGGCUGCUCUAGUGGCGGGCGGGUGGAGGGGAACCGAGGAGGAGGUGGUGCGGAUUGGUAUUAAGGGGCAGUCGCUGGCAGCUUUGGUGGCGCGUGGGUGGAGGGGGACAGAGGACGAGGUGGUUGGUAUUGGCAUCAAGUUACCACAGGGGCAGUCGCUGGCCGCUUUAGUGGCGGGCGGGUGGAGGGGAAUUGAAGAUGCGGUGGUGCCGCUUGGUAUGCAGGUGAGAGAGAGUGGAGUUGCUUUUGAGAGAUUGAGCGCCUCAGGUGCGUCUAGAGGCAAGAGAGUGUUGGCCCAGAGUGGAACCGAGAAGGCGCUGCCAGAAAAGGCGCUGGCACUGGCCAACCCUAGAACUAGCAAUUACCAGCACUUCUCUACCAGAACUGUCGAGAAGGCGCUGGCAGCUCUAGUGGUCGGGGGGUGGAGGGGAACGGAGGAGGAGGUGGUGCGGAUUGGCAUUCAGGGAAGAGUGGGGCCGAUUCAGCCUGACAACAUAAUUCUGGACCAAUCACACGGCACGGUUCAGGUGGUUGACUUCGGGGCAGUGCAGGAAGCAUCUGCGUCGGCAAGGAGUGAUGCUCCUAUCGGCAGCACAGUUGUUGGUACGUACGGCUACAUGGCACCGGAGCAGUUUCAGAAUCGGGCCAGUUCACAAUCAGACCUCUACUCGCUGGGAGCCACGCUGCUUUUCCUGCUCUCCGGCCGACCACCUUCCGCCUUCCCCCAGGCUCGCCUCAAGAUUGACUUUCAGUCGUCUCUGGGUUCUUCCAUUUCCCCCCGGCUGGCCACGGUGCUGGACUGUCUGCUCAUGCCAGCAGCAGAAGACAGGUUCAAGGAAGUGACGCCAGCAGCAACUUUUGAGAAUUCUCAAAAGUCGCACCAACAACAACCAAUCUCUCACCAACCACCCCUCCUUUCCCCGUUUCGUCCAUACCCCUCCCUCCAGACGGCUCAAGACGUGAUCAACGCCCUGACCUGCAACGAAUCCUCACUCCAUCGCUACCUCCCCCACCACCACUGA